AUGACUCCUACGCAUUUGCCGUUCCCGCUUUCUGUUCGCACUCAACAUGAUACGGAUACUCGCGCGCCGCCUCUUCUAGUGGUGCCCGGACUGACACCUCCGGUGACGCCUACUGUAGAUGACGAGAGUCUUUCAGGCAGCGUUGCCACCCUACAUUCUGGGGCUUCCAGUCCAUUCUUGUCGCCUGUCGAAGGAAAAUUUAAAGAUGUCGAUGCGGAAGAUCGCACGGUGUCCACCUCUGACUCAUUCACGGAUGAGUUGGAAUACCACAAGGACCCCAAAGGCCGGCCUGUCGAGUAUGGCCGCGGUCUCUGGAGCGUUGUCUACAAAGCAACUCCUUGCGAGCCCUCCAAGCCCUACCUGCUUACGCCUCCCAGCUCUCCAGCUGUCAAAGCCCGCACGGUAGCAGUCAAGUCACCCGCAAGGCGAGAUGCGCACUCCAUUUUGGAUGCCGAAGCGCUCGCCUUGACUCGGGUCAGCCGUGUCGCUGGGUCACAGAACCAUGUUGUUCCCUUCAAAGGAUAUAUCGCAGACUCUCACUCCAUCGUCAUGUCAGCAGUGCCGUUGGCACUCUCGACCUAUAUCGAAGAAAAAGCCGCUGUGGCUUUGCAGAACAAGACCACCAAAACCAUGUUCGAGCCCAUUCAGGGCAUGACCCAGUGGUAUGACCUCGCAAAGAAGCUCAUCACUGGUCUGUGCUGGCUCCAUGACGGGCCGCAGAUGGUACACGGUGAUAUCAAGCCUCACAACAUCUUGCUCCGUGCACGCUCAAACGACGACGAUUUGGAAUCCGACCACUUCCCUUACGAACCGCUGUUUGCCGAUUUCUCCUCCGCUCACCCUAUCAGCAAUUCUUCCUCUCCCGAAAGCAGUCUGGGCACGGCUCUGACAGCUUUAACACCACCAUUCACAGCCCCGGAGCUUCUAUGUGUCUCAUCAUUAAAAUCCCCAGACGUGGCGCCAACCCCAGAGUCUGAUGUCUUCUCUCUAGCCGUUACUCUACUGGCUGCCGCUACAGGCGAUCUGCUCCUCUACCCGGGUGCCAACCACUUCCAGCGUCUAGCCAUGGCCCGUGAAGGCCACCGCGUGAUUGAGUUUGCUCGCUCCGGGCCGAAUGGAUCUCGCAUACCGCGCAACGGGAUCGUCGAACAAAUCAUCAAACCGGCAAUCCUCAAAGACCCGAGCCAGCGCAUCAAACCUGCUGAAUGGGUUAAUUUGGUCGAGUCUAUUACGAUCUAA